CCGACACCUCAGGUGAAUCAGACAAGAGCAGUAGGAUACGGUUCACUGCAGAAAACUGCACCACCAGACCAAAAUGAGCUUCGCAACGUCUCUCGGGACGCAAGUUUUUAUCACAGCCUAUCUGCUGUUCGUGAUGGGAUGUGUUGCACAGAAAGUGUACUUUGACUGUGGAGCCAAAGUGGAUGUAAGUGAUGUCCAAGGCCUUAUUCUGUCACCUGGCUUCCCUUCCAACUACUCCUCUGGGACCCACUGCGUCUGGCAGUUCUUUGUUCCUGUCAACUACCAGAUUAUUUUAGAGAUAUUUGACUUUGAUGUAUUUGAAAGCCAAGAGUCAACUGCGGAAUAUACUGCUAUUGGUAAUGGUGAAGAAGAAGCAAGAGGCGAAGAGAUGUUUUUCAAACCUGGCAGCUUAAUGGUAGAAGGAACAAAACCAACACCUGAAGGUCCUGUUAAUCAAAGUGAUGGGGCACAAACACAGCAGGCCUCCCAAGAUGGUUUUCUCCCUGGGGUUGUGCAUCCUGGACACAAGAAUGCCAACUCUGUCUCUUCCUUUCACCUCAGAGAAGACCUGAAUCUCAGUCCUGACACACACCAAGCUAUGGAGGAGACUGCAGUUGCCUCACUACAACCCACUAAUACUCCAGAAGCAAGCACCGAAGCCCAGCAGUCUGGACUGGACACUUGUCCUCAUGACGUUCUCUACAUCUCUGAUCUCAUCACUUUCUCAUCCAGGUUCUGUGGAUCCAACCGUCCUCCCAACAACCAGUUAGUGUUUGGCUCAAGCCAUGAGAUGGUGGAAGUCAUCAUGGAGCUUAUCACCACCACCCACUGGGGCCGUGGCUUUGCUAUUCUCUUCCACUACCACAAUCUGACUGAGCCAGGAGGACACAAGCACGUCUUCACUGCCACAACCAACAAGGUUGGCUCACUGCUGGCUGCUGUGAGUGGAGCUGCCAUCUUGACUAUGAUACUUACAAGUGCCGUCUGCAUAGUUUUCAGGCAAAAUCUGUGUCCAAAAAGAUCCAGCUCCUGUCCAGCCACCAACUCUGAGGUACCAGAGAGGGUCCAGAAUGCUGGCGUGGACGUCAGCGAGCUGCAGCUGAUUACUGAUAAUCAAACCAACCUGGAGCUGACGGUGGAGCGGGAGAACCAGACAGGAGGUGCUGUUAGUGACAUUUCCCAAAAUGCAGAGUUGAAGCUUUCUUCCAGCGCUUUGACUGAGCUUGACAUUGGUGCAGACGAUGCCUUCACUGCGUUGUCGGCCCCCAGCCCAAGCAGAACGCUGCUGUCCUCUCAUACGCAGUGGGACAGGUUUCUGAGGCAUAGUGACACAGGUUCGAAUCCUGCAGGUGAUUGGGCCUCACCAGACUGUACCGCUGCACCUCCUGGUGCCACGUCCGGCAUCAGGCCGAGGGCGUGGAGCGUCCGCACCUUUCAGGACCUCAUCCCGCCGAUCCCACAGCUACACAAGAAGUGGUGCAGCUGGAACUCCAGCAGUCCCUUCACCAAGCUGGUGGACAGCGUCAGUACCACAACCAUUACACCCAAUGCUUAUAAGGAGCACUCACAUGGUUUUACUUUUAAUUUAUCUGCAUUAACCUCAAAGGAAAAAAUAAUCUAUUUUCAGAAUGAAUUUAUUGUUACAGGAUCCGUACCAGAGAGGGUCCAGAAUGCUGGCGUGGACGUCAGCGAGCUGCAGCUGAUUACUGAUAAUCAAACCAACCUGGAGCUGACGGUGGAGCGGGAGAACCAGACAGGAGGUGCUGUUAGUGACAUUUCCCAAAAUGCAGAGUUGAAGCUUUCUUCCAGCGCUUUGACUGAGCUUGACAUUGGUGCAGACGAUGCCUUCACUGCGUUGUCGGCCCCCAGCCCAAGCAGAACGCUGCUGUCCUCUCAUACGCAGUGGGACAGGUUUCUGAGGCAUAGUGACACAGGUUCGAAUCCUGCAGGUGAUUGGGCCUCACCAGACUGUACCGCUGCACCUCCUGGUGCCACGUCCGGCAUCAGGCCGAGGGCGUGGAGCGUCCGCACCUUUCAGGACCUCAUCCCGCCGAUCCCACAGCUACACAAGAAGUGGUGCAGCUGGAACUCCAGCAGUCCCUUCACCAAGCUGGUGGACAGCGCUCCGUCCAGUCUUGUAGUAGAUGGUCGAGGUGGUGAUACCAGGAAGGUCUUCUCAGAUGUUCACCUGGCAUCCAAGGCAGGCAGCAGCCCCAUCUGCGACUCGUCCCACAGCAGUGCCUCCUACCCCCUGGCGCAGCCUGCCCAAAGGCAGCGGCGCCUCAACUCCACCAGCAACUUGCGCCGCUCCCUCUUCACAGGGCCGUGUUUCGGCCUGCUCUCUGGGAUGACCAACUCUACCAAGGCCUCGGGAACGUCUCAUGACAGAGUCGCCUUCUCCGAGGGCACGUCAGGUUCGUCCUCCUGCCCUCAGGGUCAGGGUGAGGGUGUUCAACCCAGAAAGAAGUCUGACUUCUCAGGCGAGGAGGACCAUAUCAGCAUGCCAGUGUUUGCAAUCUGUGAAGAGGAAGACCGGCAGCCACUAGUCCAAGCUGAGCACCAGGGUCAGGAUUCUUCCUCUGCUGUGCUGAACAGACCAGUCAGCGGGUCAUAUGAGCAGAACAGGAUGGCUGCAGGAAGUGCCAGCCUUUCCCUCCAUGGGCCCAGAACUGAGUGGGAGUCUUGGGGGAACCAGGCAUCCAGAGUAGUUACUCCACAGCCUACCAUUUCACCCACCAUCUAUGGGUUAAACCCGGCUUUCUCUGAUGGCAGUGACACCCAGCUGUCCCUGAACAAAUCAGCAGAGUCGUACACUUUGACCAAGCAGAUGUGA